CUCAUUCGCCUCUUUUUGUUCCUGUUCUCUCAGGAUCUUCAGAUCUCUCUCCUCUGCAAAGUCUUGGUUGAAUUGAAUACCGAAGAAUUCAGCUCACAUGUAUUAGCAAGACCAGUUCUAAGUAUUUGAUUGAGGAAUUGAACCCCAAGUUAAUUCUUCACCAUCAUGAGUAUCGAACCUUUUAACAGGUUGGUGAAGUUAGCUGCGAGAGCUUUCUACGAUGACAUUACGACUAAAGGGGAUAAUCAACCCAAGACCGGUCGGAGUGAUAACAGGGGAAUCGCGGUUGUUGUUCUUGAUGCUCUCACGAGACGACAAUGGGUUCGGGAAGAAGAUUUGGCAAAGAACUUAAAACUACAUUCAAAGCAAUUACGUCGAACCCUAAGGUUUUUAGAAGAGGAAAAACUGAUUACUCGAGAUCAUAGAAGGGAGACAGCUAAGGGAGCAAAGAUAUUUAGUGCUGCGGUUGCUGCCACAGCCGAUGGUCAACACCCAGUGAAGGAGGGGGAUGAAAAGAUUAAGAUGCACACACAUUCUUAUUGCUCGCUAGACUAUGCGCAGAUCUAUGAUGUGGUUCGAUACAGGAUGCACCGCAUGAAGAAAAAACUGAAAGAUGAACUGGAGGACAAGAACACAGUUCAAGAGUAUAUAUGCCCCAACUGUUCGAGAAGGUACACUGCUUUGGAUGCUCUUCGAUUAAUCUCUUUUGAGGAUGAAUAUUUCCAUUGUGAAAAUUGCAAUGGAGAGCUGGUUGCAGAGAGUGACAAACUGGCUGCUGCCCAAGGAGGGGAUGGAGAUGAUAAUGCCAGGAAGCGUCGGCAUGAAAAAUUGAAGGACAUGCUUCAAAAGAUGGAGGUCCAGCUUAAACCUUUAAUGGAACAACUCAGCAGAGUCAAAGAUUUGCCGGUUCCAGAAUUUGGAACUCUUUUAGCAUGGGAAGCUCGUGCAAGUGCAGCUGCACGGGGGGCAAAUGGUGAUCUCAAUGGCAAUGAUCCCUCGAAAUCAGCUCAAGGUUUGGGAUAUGGGGGAACACCUAUGCCUUUUGUUGGCGAGACCAAGGUUGAAGUUGCCUUUUCUGGGGCUGAGGGCAAGGGAGUGGAUGUUAAAUCUGAAUCCGAGAACACAGGUCUGAAAGUUUUACCUCCUUGGAUGAUCAAGAAAGGAAUGAACCUCACAAAGGAACAACGCGGGGAGGUCAAAGACGAGUCAAAGAUGGAUGCUGGUUCAGCUUCUGCUCAGUUUUCUGAUGAUAAAAAAUCAUCAGCCAAUGAUGAUGAUAAAACGAAUAUACAGGAUGAGUAUGUUAAAGCUUAUUAUGCUGCUAUACUGAAGAAGCAACAAGAGCUUGAAGAAGCUGCUAAGGGACAAGAAGAAUUGCCCAGUACAGAGGUUACUGAAAACGUGGCUAACAGAAACUCCAGUCGCCAGGUGGGAAUGAAGGCAAAACGUGAAGAGGAUGAAGAAGAUGAUAUUGAGUGGGAGGAGGCUCCAAUAGGUGGUAAUGCAAAUGAAAAUUACAAGGUUGACUUGAAUGUUGAAGCAUCGGCUUCGGUAGAAGAUGAAGAAGAAGAUGAUGUGGAUUGGGAGGAAGGUUGAAGAGGCAAAGAGAAUUUUAUACCCCAAAUCUGACACAAGGUGAUAUUACCUUUCUUCCAUCUGGAAGGCCUUAAUGAAUUGAGGUAGAAGCUCUGCAGUUAAUCUUGAGCAGCCGUGUUACUUGUUAUGUUCGAGCCGAUUUUAAAGAUCUCUAGCCUAUAAUUGCUUGAUUUACUGCUGACAUUUCAUCUUGGGGACUCCGAUGAAUUGAACUGUUUGGUGUGCUGGAAGAAAAGAUCAAGAAAAAAUAGAUAUUUAAUUGAUUUAUCACUCACAAAUUAAGUAGAAAUAAGAGAGGAUUAUCCAUGUGUUACCAAUUACAGUGGGAUAAACUCGUGUGCUAACUUACUAUUGAAGCAAUACGGUGUAUUUUACAAUAGUUUUUACUUGUUUAGCUGAUAUAGAAUUUUAGAAAUAAAGACAGCUAUUGCCAAACAAUUUCUCAUUGCUCUCCUUGUAGAAACAAUAGAACAUAACAAGUUAAAUAUCUUUUUAAGUA